CCCGAGUAAAUCGAGUCGAUAUCUGUUCAAGAUGGCAGCUCCUGGAGCACUCGUCAACAAGAAACGUCGGGAAUUCAUGAACAUGCCCGCUCCAUUGGGCUAUGUUCCUGGAUUGGGUAGAGGAGCUACUGGUUUUACAACUCGGUCUGAUAUUGGUCCAGCCAGGGAAGCCAAUGACAUAAGCGAUGACCGUCAUCCAGCCCCUAAGAAGAAAAAGAAGAAAGAUGAUGAUGAGAAUGCUAGUGAUGAUGAAGACUUGAAUGACAACAACUUUGAUGAAUUUACAGGAUAUGGUGGAAGUCUCUUCAAUUCAGGACCUUAUGAGAAAGAUGAUGAAGAAGCUGAUGCAGUGUAUGAUGCUAUUGACAAACGUAUGGAUGAGAAGCGCAAAGAAAGAAGGGAGAAGCGACUUCGGGAAGAAAUUGAGAGGUAUCGUCAGGAAAGACCCAAGAUUCAGCAACAGUUCUCCGACCUCAAGAGAAAACUUGCAGAGGUGACAGAGGAUGACUGGAAUAGUAUUCCAACUGUCGGUGAUGCUCGUAAUAAACAUCAGAGAAAUCCAAGGGCUGACAAAAUGACCCCAGUACCAGACAGCUUCUUGGCAAAACAUGCCUUGGGUCAGGGUACCUCUACCACCAUGGAUGCACAGGUACAGAAGGGUAUCAAGACACCUUUCCCAGGCGCCAUGACACCGGGUAUGCUCACCCCAUCAGGAGAGUAUGAUCUGAGGAAGGUUGGUGAAGCAAGGAACACACUCAUGGGAGUCAAACUCAAUCAGGUAUCAGAUUCUGUGGAUGGUCAGACUGUCGUUGAUCCCAAAGGCUACCUUACUGAUCUUCAGAGUAUGCUGCCCUCAUAUGCUGGUGAUAUAUCCGAUGUCAAGAAAGCCAGGCAGUGGUUGAAGGCUGUCAGAGAGACAAACCCUAAUCAUCCUCCAGCCUGGAUUGCAUCUGCUCGUCUUGAAGAAGUGACUGGUAAACUGCAGGCAGCUAGAAACACCAUCAUGAAAGGGACUGAAGUAUGUCCUCGUAGUGAAGAACUCUGGCUAGAGGCAUCUAGGUUACAGCCUGGAGAUACUGCUAAAGCAGUGAUAGCUCAGGCAGUGCGUAACCUCCCUGACUCUGUACGUAUUUGGAUUAGAGCCGCUGCAAUAGAAGUCGAUACAAGGGCUAAGAGAAAGGUCUACAGGAAAGCCUUAGAACAUGUUCCCAACUCAGUCAGACUUUGGAAGGCUGCUGUGGAAUUAGAAGAACCAGAAGAAGCCAAGAUCUUGCUCAGUAGAGCUGUAGAAUGCUGUUCAUCAAGUGUGGAGUUAUGGUUAGCCCUUGCCAAAUUGGAACCUUAUGACAAUGCCAGGAGAGUACUUAACAAAGCCAGAGAGAACAUUCCCACUGACAGAAAGAUAUGGAUUUCAGCUGCCAAACUGGAGGAAGCCAACAAUAAUUUGGGCAAUGUGAAGAAGAUCAUUGACAGAGCAAUCACUUCUCUGAAAGCAAACAUGGUGGAGAUCAACAGAGAACAAUGGAUAGAAGAUGCAGAAGAAUGUGAGAAGGCAAGCAGUGUAGGAACAUGUCAAUCUAUUAUUCAAGCUGUGAUUGGAGUAGGUAUUGAAGAUGAAGACAGAGAGACAACAUGGAUGGAUGAUGCUGACAGUUGUGCAAGUCAUGGAGCUCAUGAGUGUGCCAGAGCAAUCUAUGCUCACGCUCUCACAGUGUUUCCAAGCAGGAAGAAGAUCUGGAUGGAAGCUGCUUAUUUUGAAAAGAAUCAUGGUACAAGGGAAUCACUGGAGACUUUACUUCAGAAGGCUGUAGCUCACUGUCCUAAGGCUGAAGUACUUUGGCUUAUGGGUGCUAAAUCUAAAUGGAUGGCAGGUGAUGUACCUGCGGCUCGUCGUAUCCUAGCCUUGGCUUUCCAGGCUAAUCCAAACAGUGAAGAGAUUUGGUUGGCUGCUGUCAAACUAGAGAGUGAGAAUAAUGAAGAUGAAAGAGCAAGGAGACUGCUGGCAAGGGCAAGGGACAGUGCCCCUACUGCCAGGGUGAUGAUGAAGUCUGCUAAGUUGGAAUGGCAGUUGGGAUGUCAGCAGAAGGCUUUGGAGCUACUGGGCAUUGGAGUGAAGGAAUAUGGUGACUUUGCUAAGCUGUGGAUGAUGAAGGGGCAAAUAGAAGAAGAGCUUGGAAAUAAGGAAGAAAGCAGGAAGACAUACACUCAGGGUUUGAAGAAAUGUCCGAAGUCUAUCCCUCUUUGGCUCUUAGCAACCAGGCUGGAGGAGAAAGUUGGUAACUUGACCAAAGCCAGGGCACUCAUGGAGAAGGCCAGACUGACUAAUCAACAGUGUGCUGACCUCUGGCUUGAGGCUGUAAGAAUUGAGAACAGAGCAAACAAUAAAGCCAUAUCACUGUCUAUAAUGGCGAGGGCAAUGCAAGAAUGUCCAACCUCUGGUACCUUAUGGGCUGAAUCUAUCUUCAUGGAGUCAAGACCACAGAGGAAGACAAAGAGUGUUGAUGCUCUUAAGAGAUGUGAACAUGACCCUCAUGUACUACUUGCAGUCUCCAAGUUGUUCUGGAGCGAGCGUAAGUUAACCAAAGCAAGAGAAUGGUUCACUAGGACUGUUAAGAUUGAACCAGACCUUGGUGAUGCAUGGGCACACUUCUAUCGAUUUGAACUGCUUCAUGGAACUGAGGAUCAACAGAAGACAGUACGAGACCGAUGUAUCCUAGCUGAACCUCAUCAUGGAGAGAUAUGGUGUGCUGUCUCUAAGAGCAUUGAAAACUGGAGGAAAAAGACUGAUGAAAUCUUACCCAUUGCUGCAGACAAUGUUGUUGUUCCUUGAAAUAUUGUAUCUGUGAGUUUUUGUGAACUGUUUCUGUCAUUUCAAUCAAAUCACUUAGAUGGUUAAGAACUGUUAUCUAGGCUGCAAUUCAUUCUGCACUUAUUUCUCUUUUUGUCAAAAAUAAUUCUAAGAAUCAUAGAACAAGCAAAGAGGACAAGAUAAAUCACUGCUAGAUUUUGGCAUACUUGUAUACCUUUGAGUGUAGGCUUAUAUCAUAGUCAUUAUUAUGAUCAAACCUUCAGCACUGUGAUGAGGCCAUAAAACAGCCUUAUUAAUAUCUUGAAUACAUUGAAUACAGAUACAGGUUCUAGUGUUUUAGUAGUACUAUCUUAAACCUGACCUAUCAAUAUGGCAAUAUGACACAGGAAGUUCGCUGGCGAUACUUUGCUCGUGUGUACAUUUUUUCUCUUACAUAUUACCAUUUCAUGUGCCUACAUACAUGUGUAUAUGUGCAUGUUGGCUGAAAAUUUGCUCUUUAAUAUUUGCAUUAAUAGUUAUUGACACAGACAAUACUGUUUAAUGUAAAAUGCAAACAUUCUAAUUCAGUUUUAGUGAUCAUGUUUAGAAUCUGCAAUUAAACAAUAUUUCAUUUAUUGUCUUUAAGUUUGAUUAGAUGUUAAAUAUUUUCUUUAUUUUUUCAAAUUAUACUUUGGGUAAAACUAAACAAAUAAUGAUAUUUGUCCAAGAUACUUACAUUUAGUAUCAAUGUUUUUUCUAUCUGUUUUCCUUCUUGUUGAAAAGGAGAGUAAAUUUCUGUGGUAUACUUUUAGUUUGGUAUUUCUUUGGAGCUUUUUAAUCCUUAUUUAUGGUUUCAAAUAUUUUUUCACAAAACUCCCCACAUGUAAAAGCUAAUGUUUCUGCAAACUGGUCUACAGUGAACACCAUUUUUAUUUAAAGGGUAUGUUUUAGAAACUUUUGUGUCUAGGAAAACAUAGAAUAACAAAUAAAAUGUGUAUAAAUAAUCUGGGAUGUAAACUUUGGAAUAUCACCCUGAAAUCUAUUUUCUUAAGAAUCAUAGGAACUUGUUAUAAUUGAUAUCAAAGAUUCAUAUGCCAUUUGAUCUUUUCCUAUUGUUUACAGUUAAGUAGAAGUCUUGUGCAGACUUCCUGGUAAAGAAACUGAUUUUGUAUCACUUUUAUCUUUGUGUGUUAUGUACAGUUCCUUAUUAAUGUAUAAAGGUACUUGGAAACAAACCUAA